AUGAGCACUUCAAGAUCACUUCUUCUCUUCUUUUAUGCCAUUCUACUCGCUCCCCUUGUUAGUCACAGCUUAGUAUUGCAGCGAGAUCCCUACGUUCUCCAUGAUUGUUCAACUAGUGGUAAUGUGAGCAGUAACGGUACCUUCAGAGCGAACCUCAACACCCUCAUCUCCACCUUCUCUUCCAACACCCAAAUCAAUUAUGGGUUCUACAAUUUCUCCGCCGGAGAGGGCACUGACAAAGUUUACGCCACUGGGCUUUGUAGAGCUGACCUUACUCCAACUGAUUGCCGUCACGAGCUCUUACAGUUGUAUCCAAACGAGAAAGAGGGUAUCAUGUCGUACAUGAAUUGUACCGUUCGAUACUCCAACAACUCUAUAUUUGGUGUUAUGGAAACCACACCAAUUAAAGCUCUUGUUGCAGUUGGAAAUGCCACCUAUCAACACAAUACCGAUACGAUCUAUGGGCUUAUGCAGUGCAGUCCUGAUUUGUCAGAGAUGGCUUGUAGCAAUUGCCUAGUUACUGCUCUAGAUUAUUUUCAAAGUUAUUGCCGUGGAAGAGAUGGAGCGAGAGUUCUUGCACCUAGCUGUAACUUAAGAAUACUGCCCGACCAAUUCUAUGACAGCAUUCUUGUUGAAUCGCCGCCAUUACUAUCUCCUCCUCCCGUGCCUUCAAAAUCAUUAUCUCCGUCUCCUGUGCCUGCAAAAGGACUUAGGAGGAAGAAAGAGUUUGAUGCAGCUACUGCUUGCAUCUGUCUAAACUGCAAGUCGUACAUCAGUCAAAACACAACAGCUAUAGCUGAUAAUAUUAAAAGAUCACCUAAAAGGGACAUACCAGAUUAA